AUGUUCAAUCGGAUAGAUUCAAGCAAAUCGACGAAAGGCGCCAGCAAACUACGAAGGGACCUGAUAAACGCCGAAAUAGCUAAUUUACGUGAUCUUCUGCCUCUACCACCCUCUACAAGACAGCGACUAUCCCAGUUGCAACUGAUGGCUCUUGUUUGUGUUUUUCUGAGGAAAGCUAAUUAUUUUCAACAGGGAAAACUGCUGUACAUAUCUGAAAACGCGGCUGAGUAUCUCGGGCACUCUAUGGAAGAUCUGCUGAUUCACGGAGACAGUGUGUAUGACGUUAUAGACAAACAGGAUCAUAUGGUAGUCCAAAAUCAAUUGGCGAGAAGUGGACCAAUGUCCAGCAACGACAAACGAUUGUUUCUGUGUCGUAUUAAUGUGUCGAGAAAUUCACGACGUCAAUUGCGAUUUGGCGACCAGAAGGUGGUAUUAGUAGAAGGUCAUUAUUUGCCAUUUGUACCUCUAUGUAAUCGUAACGAAUCAGUAUUUUUGGCUUCAUGUACUCCAGUGGUAUUACCUGAAACCCGUGAAAGCGUUGUACAGGGUGCGACAAAUAUAUUUACAACAAUCCAUUCAAUGGACAUGAAAUAUUUACACAUUGACAAAACGGCCGAGAGUCACUUGGAAUAUACCAGAUCGGAGUUAGUUGGCGUUUCUUGGUACAACCUCCUUCACUGGGAUUGCAUAAGGACUGCUUACUGCAAGCAUCAAACGGUCAUACAGUCAGACCAAGAGAGAACGAGCACAGCGCUACUGAGGCUACAAAGUCGUUCAGGCAGAUGGUUUUGGAUUCACUGUGUUCUACAAGUAAAGGAAACUUCUGAAGAAUGCCAACAUCCUAUUAUCGUAUGCACAAACCAAGUGCUGAGUGAUAAAGAAGCUGAAGUGAUGCGAGCAAGUUCCUGGCUAUACCAAUAUUCAUCACAAUCAAAAUUUACUUACGGAAUCUGCCCAUCGUCGAACCAGUCUUCGCACUCGAGCACGAUGUCGUACCAAGAGUCUUACCCCAGGUCGGUUCUGAUGCAGCCAGUUCACCCCAGCGAAGCAUCCGUGAGUUCCUACAGCCUGGAUGACAACCACCGCGCGCGAAUUGACGCGGAAUACCCUCCGGUACCAAGUGCGUCUACGCUGACCAAAGUGGAGGUGACCAACCAAGAAGACAUCGAGCCGGUUGACAUGUCGAUAAACAGCAGCGGAGAGCACGAGACCCGGACUCUGUACCAGUUGUCUCACCCGAUAAACAUCGAGUUUCCCAAGCAAGUUCCCGCGCAUCACCAUCAUUAUCACCAGCAACACCAGCACGCAAGGAUGACGCCCAAGUUUUGUGGGUACAGAGGUAAAUUGGCGGUCCAUUACCUUCAUGGUCGUCAGUAUUCGUCAGUAUCUUCUGCCGAGUCUCCGAAGUACACUGACCUGGACUCAGCCUACGGAGAUGCUUGUGCUGAGAGGAACUCGGGACACAAGCGGGGUGGCAAAACAAACGGAAUCAUGAUGCUGGAUCCCCAUGAAACCAUGGACCAGUGGAACUCCAGUCCAAUUUGGUCCGACGCGCUCCAAAGGGUUCCUGAUGUCGUUCACCAGGAUCUCAGUCCGAUGUACAUCACCACCCCGACUACUCCCGUAGACACUCCAGACUCCGCGGACUUGCACUCAGAAGUCCCGGUUUUUAACUUUGACUGGACUCACCAUGAGCAACAUGUUCCUAGUUCGAAGAUUAUGGUCCGCAAGGACCUGGAGCAGAGGCAGGACAGGGACCAGCAGCCGCUUACCCUUCACCUUCCCAGGAGAAAGAAUCAAACUGAUGCCAGUAGCAAAGAGUAUGAAGACAAGUGA